AUGCCUCCCAUCAGAACCAGUAAAUCUUCAAAAACCCCGCCGGAGGGGUUUGACGACCUCGAGGACAUGCUUCUCGAGUUUGCCAAUAAGAUGAAGGAUGCCGGAAACGCGCCUCAUGAAGGAAAACGGAAGAAUGAAGCAACAUGGGAAAUUUUCAAGAUAUCUCACCAACGUUCGAGGUACAUCUACGAUCUAUAUUACAACAAAGAGGCCAUCUCUAAAGAGCUCUACAACUAUUUGUUGAAGAAUAACUAUGCCGAUGCCAUGCUCAUAGCGAAAUGGAAGAAACAAGGCUAUGAGAAAUUAUGCUGUCUUCGAUGCAUCCAGGCGAAAGAAAACAACUUCAACGCUACCUGCAUAUGCCGGGUACCCAAGGCACGACUUGGAACUGAGCAGCAGACCGUCGAGUGUGAUAUGUGGCACGGGUUCAUGGAGGUGAGCUUGAGAGUUCGUUAA